AAUUCUGCAAGUGGUUCUGAUUUACUAUCGCUGUUCUCUAGCCGGUCUAAAACCGCUUUUGACCUAAAGGGACGCUUUUUGGACGCCAUGGACGUUUCUCAGUUUCCAGGCAGAAAGAACAGUAAAAAUGCAGGCAGGGCACAGGACAAAGCAUUAGUGACAAAAUGUAUGUGAAAUGGUUUGAUGCAUGAAUGUCUCUUUUUAACAUUUUUGAAUCUCCCGCCGUUCCGUCCUCCGUAUGUCCCGACGCUCGCAGGGAACGGAACUCGGAAGACGGAUGCCGGCAUCGGCCGGAGGACAUUGCCGGGGAUGCUGCAGGGGGGACAU